GUGCGGUUCAGCAAGUUCUCGACGCGGUACCGCAAAGGUCUGGACUUGGUCGUCAGGGACAUAGACGUGACCGUCCAGUCCGGCGAGAAGGUGGGUAUCGUGGGUCGCACGGGGGCGGGCAAGUCAUCGCUGACGCUGUCGCUGUUCCGUAUCAUCGAGGCCGCCGUCGGUCAGAUCAUCAUCGACGGCGUCGACAUCGCCAAGAUCGGCCUACACGACCUGCGCUCUCGCCUCACCAUCAUCCCGCAGGACCCGGUUCUGUUCAGUGGAACCCUGCGCAUGAACCUGGACCCUACCACUGCCAUCGUGGGGCAGCGGCAGUUGGUGUGUCUGGCGCGUGCGCUGCUGCGCAAGACGCGCGUCCUGAUCCUGGACGAGGCGACCGCCGCCGUCGACCUCGAGACCGACGACCUCAUCCAGAAGACGAUCCGCGAGCAGUUCUCUGCCUGCACCAUCAUCACCAUCGCCCACCGCCUCAACACCAUCCUAGACAGCAACAGGGUGCUGGUGCUGGACAAGGGCGUCGUGCAGGAGUUCGCGCCGCCCGCCGACCUCCUGAAGAACAAACAGAGCCUCUUCUACAGCAUGGCCAAGGACGCCGGCCUCGCCUCCUAGACUUCACUGCCUGCACUAGACUUCACACGCCUUCCUGCCUUCACUAGUAUAGGUGUUGCCCUGCCUUCACUAGAAUAGGUGUUGCCCUGCCUUCACUACUAUAAGUCUCGGCUGCCAAAGCUGGACUGUACUCAAAACCAAGGUUGACUGUACCCAAAAUUGUAUAGGUUAUAUUUUGCAGCGAUUAAAAAUUGUCUUUUCUAGUUCAAGUCCAAAUUUACUAAGCGGCUAACAAAGCUUUGAACACUGAUUGUCCUAGGCUCAAAGUUCUAGUUUCACUUUGGAUUCUUCAGAAAUUACAAGUUGCUUACGCUAGCGUGACUUCUUCAUCUACUAACCCUAUAGAAAAGAUGGACAAUGUUUAUUCUUCGAUCCAAUCGUCACUAAUUACUGUGAAAUUAUUAUUGAUCAGUUUUCAUCAUAGCAAAUUAAGCUUUUAUCCUCUUUGUAAAAUUCUUCAAAAAGCCGCUAAAAGCGAAUAAUAUUCAGUCUACCACAGCGAGCGAAUAACUCGAAUAUUAUUCUGUAAUUUAGCGUCUCUAUUCUCCAUGAGAAAAUAAUUUCUUACGUCAUCUCCAUUCAGACUGCAGCUAUUGGGAUUUGCAUGCUCAAUACGCUACCACGCUACCACGAACCUACACUCAGUAGGUUCCUACACCUACACGAACCUACACUAAAUACGCUACCACGAACCUACACUCAGGAAAAUAGAUGUGUUGCUUCCUGCACAUACCACAGAUACGCUCUUCUACCAGUAGAAACUGUGUCAGGAUGACCCACAAUGGAUAGCAAGUGAAUUGUUAUUAAGGCAAAGAUAUACUCGUUUCUGUUUAUCUUUGUUUUGUUGAGGACUUCAGCUCCCGGCCGAAGGGUUUUAUCUUCUGAUGUUUGGGUCAGGAACUGCAGUUUAUUAUAAGGCUUCUAUAUUUAGCGAUGUUAAUUUUUAUUCCUUAGGGUUAUAGGCCGUAGACUUUUUUCUAUGGGAUUCUUGCUGUAAACUUUGAUUUCAAUGGAAACUUUUGAGUCACGUUUGGGACCAGGAAUUUUGGUUUCUGAUCGAUGUUUGGAAGGCAAAUUAGUUUUUCUUACUAUUUAAUUUUUCUAUAACCCUUCACUGUUUGAACGGGGUUCCUGGCUUUUUGUUUAGAUGUUCAUCCUUUCUGAACUGAUGGUUCCACCUACUUGUCGGCAGCCAAAUAUGUCAGUGUAUUCAGUUAAUGUAAUAAGAUAGCCAUAUUGCUGCUGCUGAUGAACCAAUGACAUCAUCACUAUUCACAAGAAUUGACCUCUCAAUUUGAAUGAAAGGAAAUAACUUUUACCCGCUAUUUUGCCACUCGUUAUUGUUGUUCCAAACAUCAGUACCGUUGAUUAAUUCGGUACGUUUUGCAAAUAAAGCUAAUUUAUAGGAGCUAUUGCCCUCGAUAUUUUGGUGGGGACUUUGGCGGGCAUGGUUUCUAUAAAUAUAAUUGUUGUAACUAAUUAUAAGUUAAUGUUAGCUUCGACACGCGUGACUCAUACGGAGACCAAAGACUUGGUCUUCCCGUUAAUUUUUGUUCGAAAGUCGUCGGUUUUGGUGAAUUUUAUGAAGCUGAAACCGAUGUCCCCUAGAAAUUCAAAGGCGAAAUGAAAUUUUUUUUUUUAAUUUCAUUCGUCAUGAAAGAUUCUUUCGCUUGAGUGCCUUAUCGUAUAAUGGGACUUACGCACGGAGUGAUGGGGCGAUUCCUGACCACGCUGCGAUCUCCGUAAGUCGUAAUUGUCGUGUCUCUGACAGCCCAGUGUCUCGGACAACCCAGUGUCUCGGACGACCCAGUGUCUCGGACGACCCAGAGUGUGUCUCGGACAGCCUAGAGAGUGUCUCGGACAGCCCAGAGACUGUGUCUGACAGCCCUGAGUGUUUCUCGAACAGCCCAGAGAGUCUCGGAAAACCCAGAGAGUGUCUCGGACAGCCCUGAGUGUGUCUCGGACAGCCCAGAGAGUGUCUUGGACAGCCCAGAGUGUCUCUGAUAGCCCAGAGUGUCUCGGACAGCCCAGAGUGUCUCUGACAGCCCAGAGAGUGUCUCGGACAGCCCAGAGUGUCUCGGACAGCCCAGAGUGUCUCGGACAGCUCAGAGUGUGUCUCGGACAGCGCUCGCUAUGCGCGCAGUGCUAAUCUUUCUAUGUACUCAGCGAAAGUUCGUUGCCUCAGCUUUUUGCUGGAAAUUUCGCUGCCGAGUCACUUGUUAGCUCAUUUUGUUCGUUCUAACCACUCCAUACUCUCAUCGUAUUCAUUAUUGAUGCAUUUCUUGGUGUAUUCACUAAACAGUCUGAUGUGUCUCAAAGCUUACUCAUGUUUACGCGCGUAGGUCGUUCUUCACUUGACACUUCCACGCUCAGAAAGCCUGAUCCAUCGAGACACGGCCUUUCAAGCAAAAUCCACCAAUCAUAGACAAGAAAAUACAGCGUAAGUACUUACGUUCACUUAGCGAGUCUUGAAAGUAUGACCCCGGAACGACUUGCGGCCAGCAUGACUUCCAAAUAAUAAGCUAUUGCUUAUUAUUUAAUUGCAAUAGCCUAUCAAUAAGCCUGUGAAUAGCAAUAGCCUAUUGCUAUUGACCUCCUGUAAAGGAGCUACUGAACCCAAUAGUCGUACACACGAGGCCAGUAGUGUGGUAAUUAUUGGCAGUUUGCAUUUGAAAAUUGUACUGGCCGCCCCUAAUGGCCCCAUGGAAAAGCCCCUUCUUGGAGCUGGUCUAGUUCAGCCGUGUAUGAUUGGUCUGAAUGACGCGUUGUAUUUACGAGGAUUGUGUAAAAAUUGUUAAAUGUGUUUUGUAAAGCGCACGCACUGAAUUGGUCAUCAUUGGUAAUUAUCAUUGGCAGUGGUGACGCUAUAGUUAAAUGCUUAUCUCUUGUGUCAUGGCGCAGGUUUUAGCAAAUAUUUCGUUGAUGUGAGUGACGCAUCGAAACAUUCUCGAGCGGUAGGUGUUUAAAUAGAAACUGUAAACGAUAUUCGUGAAGGAAGUUCUACAUUUUCUUUGUUAAACGCAGGCGCUGAGUUUGUUAUGUAAGUGAUGAAGCUUUUCCCGUAUAUUAAAUUUCCUGAUUCAAAGGCUUUUAAGCCAAUUACUAUCGGUUAUUGUAAAAGUUCUAAAUUUGAUCAUAAAUCGUGGUCGUAAGAUGAAGAGUCACCCCGCGCUCCCGUGUAACCGUCACUGCCGUAUGUUGAUUCCCGUACGUAUUACCGUAGAAAAUGAAUUGCACUGUAUAUCUUGAUAGGUUUUGCCAACGCGCACCGUAUUUUUCUAGUACGUAGACCUAGUGUUUCUAAAUCAUAGCCUUACGUGUCUUCCUAAGUAUAGAUGAGGUAUUAAGACUUUAUAUUCCUCUGAGUAAAUUACGCUUCUGGCAGGAAUAUCAGCGAGCUUAUUUGCCAUGGGGUAAACUUUAAGGUUCACAUCACCCUUCUUGUCUCGGACUUUAAUUUUGAUGACGUGAACUUUAUUUAAUCAUCAGAGACUCGCCAACUAUCUUCCUAUUGAAGGAAUUGAAAGCAUUUUUUAAAAUUGAAAAGUCAUGUUUUUGAAACACGAAUUGUUGAUCCUGUAAAUUAUCUAUUGGUAGUUUUGAACUCCCGCUUGAUUCGUUUUCUAGUAUUCGAUAAUUUUAUAAUGUAUUGUAAAAUUUCUGACAUUAACGAGUUUAAAUGAAUUCUUUUGUGUUGUUGCUAGAUGUCGAUGGCUUUAAAUAUUAAGCAAAUCAUAACCACAAGACUUAAUUUAUGCUAAUCUGCAUUCUGAUCAUUCCUAUUUCAGGAUAACGUUUCACUUUGAUCACUUUUGUACUUAUACUUUCUUGGUGUACUUAUUUCUUUUCUAUGUAUUCAGUAAUAUUCUGCCGUAUAUCUCAGUGUACGUACUUAAAUACUAAACAAAUGACAAUUUCGUUCUUACAUUGCGAAUGUACUUCCAUAUUUUGUUUCGCACUUGCAUUGCAUCGUUCCUUUUUUCGUACCCGGACAUUUUUUUUUGUCAUUACUUUUCAGGAACUUUUGGAUCCUGCCCUAAAUUUUUCGAAAUUAGAUAAUCCGCCUAUUUUUUCGAAUUUGAAUAUUUCUUGUGUUAUACACCCAUUGCAGCGCCGUGUUAAGUUAUGACGUUUGAUGCUGUAUUGAUGUCAAGCGUUUGCUUAAAUCGGAAAUUCACUAGAAAUUUAAUAACGAGGAAAAUUUCUCAUAAAUUCACCAUAGCUUAGUUUCAGAGUUUAGCUCCAUCGUCAGUCCACAAGUUCUAGAAUAUUAAAAAAACAGUUGUACGAACUGUGAUUGUAACAGCAUUCUACUAUUUUCAACCUGACGAUAGAGCUGGACUCUGGAAUCGUUUUAUGUGGCAAGAUAUGGUGAAUUUCUGUGUAAUUUGCUUUGCUUUAAAUUACUUGUACGAUUCUGAGUCCAGCGCUUAAAGCUUCGUGAUUAGAUAUUUAGCCUUUACUUUUCAGGUACAUUCUUGUUGUGUAUACCGCCGUUAAAUUUUUCGAACUUAGAUAUUAUUUACAUUUGUAUAACUUGAUUUGUCAUCGAAAAUUGAAUACAUUUUGUCGAGAAAUAUUAAUUGUAACGCUGUGACCGUCAAAGACGAACGAUACUCAAGAUACAGGGUCCGUGCACCGGUACAAUGGCCGCAGUUAGCAGGUCGCGUGCGUCGGUGUAUAGUUAAUUAAGUGGUCUAGUAGUUGUACUAACACUGCAAUAACAACACAAUUCUUUAUUGUUUAUAAUUGUCAUAUUGUGUCUUCUCCUAAUCCAUAUUAGCUUUUUGUGAACUGACGUAAAAAUUAUUUUUUUCGGCGAGGUGACGUAGAGUUUGUUACACUGUGUCGCCAGUUGGUCAGGAUAGUGCAUGUUGUAGGUGCUGUCUUAAAAGGCUACUUUGUUGAUCGAAUCAUGAACGUUGAAAUAUAAUAAUUUUCGAGAGAA